GCGUGUUCUACCGAGAUGGCCGCUCAUCUCCAGAAUUUCCGUGCAUCCUGGUCAACGUGCCUCCGCAAUCCGGGGCCCCGGACACAUGGAGAAAGCGGCGGUGCGCGGGUUUAGCGCGUGGAGGUAGGAUAUAUUGCGCGCGGCCCCAGGGCGAAAGGGGGCACUGUAGUUGCGAUGCUGUUCCCUACGACUCUGCUGGCUGUGCUCGCCGCGGUGGGCGCCGUCGCUUCUCCACUCGCGGGCAACUCGACGAAGCCCGUCGUCAAGCUCGACUACGUCACGCUCCAGGGCGCGUCGUCGGCGCAGUACAACCUCACGUACUACCGCCGCAUCCCGUUCGGCGCAUCGACCGCAGGCAAGAACCGCUUCCGCGCGCCCCAGCCCCCCGUGCCCAUCACAAAUGGCACCUACGACACCGACCGCGGCUUCGACAUGUGUCCGCAGCGCACCGUCAACGGCUCCGAGGACUGCCUGUUCCUGGGCGUGUACUCGCGGCCGUGGGCACCGAAGCAAAAACUGCGGCCCGUCCUGCUGACCUUCUACGGCGGCGGCUUCAUCCGCGGCAGCGCCGAGUUCAGCAUCCCGCCGUCGGGGUACCCCGUGCUCAACGCCAGCGCCGCCAACGACUACGUGGUGGUGUACGCCAACUACCGCACCAACGUGUUCGGGUUCCUGCCGGGCGCCAAGGUCGCGCACAGCAAGGCCGUGGAUCUCAACCCGGGGCUGCUGGACCAGCAGGCCGCGCUGCGCUGGAUCCAGCGCUACAUCGCCGCGUUCGGCGGCGACAGCGCCGACGUGACCAUCUGGGGCCAGAGCGCGGGCGGCGGCAGCGUCGUCGCGCAGGCCAUCGCCACGGGCAACAGGGGCAAGAAGCUGUUCACGCGCGCGCUCGCGUCCUCGCCCUUCUGGCCCAAGACCCCGCGCUACGACAGCGCCGACUCCGAGGCGCUGUACCAGGAAGUCGUGAGCGACGCCGGGUGCGCUGGCGCUACAGACGAGAUCGCGUGUCUCCAGUCCGCGGACCUGCAGACGCUGCGCGCGUCCGCCCUGCGCCUCAGCACCUCCCGCCAGUACACGACCUCGUCCUUCACCUUCGGCCCCGUGCUCGACACGUCCUUCCUCAGCCGCCCGCUGUCCGCCGUCAUCCGCGACCGCAAGCUCAACGCGCCCGCGGUGCUGACCAGCUACAACCUGCACGAGGGCGAGAACUUCAUCCCGCCUGGGUUCAACGGCGCGAACACCGCGUCCGACGGCUUCAACUCAUCUACUGCGUCGUUCGACGGCUGGUUGGCUGGCUUCUUACCGGAUCUGCGGCCCUCGGAUGUCAGGCAGCUGAAGACCCUGUAUCCGCCCGCGGGCGCGGUCGAGGAGUUGGUGUACAACACGACGUACGUGCGCGCGGGGCUGGUGUAUCGCGAUCUGGUGCUCGCGUGUCCGGCGCUGUGGCUCGCGGACGCGGCGGACCGGGGGUGGGUGGUGGAGUAUACGAUUUCGCCGGCCAAGCAUGCUAGUGAUACUAUCUACUGGAACCAGCUCAACCCCGUCCAGACCUCCGACCCACUAACCUACACCGCCUACGCCGGCGCCAUGGCGAGCUUCAUCCAAACAGGCGACCCGAACGCGCACAAAGUGACGGGCAGCGAUGUGGCGGGCGUGCCGGGAGUUGGGGAGGGCCAGUUCGUGGUGAGCAGUACCGGGGUAAGGCAGGGCGGGAUAAGCAUGUUGAGGGAGCGGUGUGGGUUUUGGUUGGAGGUGGGGAAGAGGGUGCCUAUCUAGGUGGUUUGCAGGGUGUUAGUAGUUAUGGCAGAUGUGGAGUGGAGAAGGGGGGUGAGAACGUGAAUGCGGUGGGGAAGACGAGAGUGUAUAUACCGAACGAGGAGAAUGUGAAUACAUCUAAACUAUAGCACGCAAAUACCACAUAAGCCACUAUUAAUACUAAAGAUGUCUACUUCUCC